GGCAGCUUGUGUUACCACGCGGGUUUGGUGUCCUGCAGACAGCCUAGCCGUAGAAGGAGCAGGGUGGCCUGUAGGAGCACACAGAGGUCACCAGGGAAGAAACCUGCUAGGCAGAGAUUUGAUUUUCCAGCAGAAUUCCAAGUCUUCUGAAUUAAGCAUUAUGGCCCCUUCAUUCAGCAGAACCCCAGAUAGUCACUAUUAAGGAUCCAGGAAGGGUCUUUUUCAUACACUGGUGCUCCCAGGGCUGCUGAAAUUGCCAUGGAGGAGGAGGCAGGAGAGGAGCCCAGGCUGGACAGGCCCACAGCUCCCAAGGACUUCCACUUUUAUAACAUGGAUCUGUACGACUCUGAGGACAGACUGCCGCUCUUCCCAGAGGAAAACACUAGACUGAGGAGACAAACCAUUCAAGCUGAAAUGACCUACGACCCAAAGGAGGCAGGGGAAGGCCAAGCUCAAAGCGACCUCCAGGAGGUGGCUGAACUUGUGCAUUUAUAUGGACUAGAGGAUGACCACCACGAGGUGGGGAAUUCAUUUGUUGAUGAAGGUAGGAUGGGGGUGCCAGCAUAUCCUCCUUAUGGAAUAAAGAGGAGAGAGCCAGGCUGGGAGCAGAGAGACUGGAGACUUGAAGGAGAAGUUGAGACAGAGGACCAGGACCAGGACUUUUCACAGUGGAGCAUGGCAGGCCAGAGCCAGGCCUUGUGGGAAUCCUACAGGUACACACACGGCCGUGCCAGUGAGGAGUACGAGUGCUACGUCAUCCCAGAGGAGGAGGACGAGGAAGAAGCCGCCGAUCUCUUCUGUGUCACUUGCAGAACUCCCAUCAGAGCUGUUGAGAAGGAUUUCGGUGAACACAAAGAGCAUGAAGUGACCCCACUCAGUAAAGCCCUGGAGAGUGCCAAGGAAGAAAUUCACAAAAACAUGUACAAGUUGGAGCAGCAGAUAAUAGAAAUGGAAAACUUUGCAAGUCACUUGGAGGAGGUUUUCAUCACUGUAGAGGAAAAUUUUGGAAGACAAGAACAAAACUUUGAGUCACAUUACAAUGGAAUCUUGGAAACACUUGCCCAAAAGUACGAAGAAAAGAUCCAAGCUCUAGGAGAAAAGAAGAAAGAGAAGCUGGAGGCCUUGUAUGGACAGCUGGUUAGUUGUGGGGAAAACCUUGAUACCUGCAAAGAACUGAUGGAAACCAUAGAGGAGAUGUGUCAUGAGGAGAAGGUUGACUUCCUAAAGGAUGCAUUGGCCAUGACUGACAGGCUCGGAAAAUUUCUGAAAACAAAAACAGAUGUGGAAAUCGCUGCACAGCCUGAGUUUGAAGACCAGACCUUGGACUUCUCUGAUGUGGAACAGCUGAUGGGUUCCAUGAACACCAUUCUGGCUCCUUCUGCUCCAGUGAUAAAUCCACAGGCCCCCAACUCAGCCACAGGUUCCUCUGUCCGGGUGUGCUGGAGUUUAUAUGCCGAUGACACUGUGGAGAGCUAUCAGUUGUCCUACCGGCCAGUGCGGGACAGCCUACCUGGAAAGGAGCAAGCAGAGUUUACAGUGACCGUCAAAGAAUCGUACUGCUCAGUGACAAACCUUGAACCAAAUACCCAGUAUGAAUUCUGGGUCAUAGCUCAGAACAGAGCUGGCCCCAGCCCCUCCAGUGAACAUGCAAUGUACAUGACAGCCCCUUCUCCCCCCAUUAUAAAAACUGAGGCGAUAAGGAGCUGUGAAGAGGCUGCGCUCAUCUGCUGGGAGUCUGGGAACCUGAAUCCCGUGGACUCCUACACGGUGGAGCUGACCCAAGUGGAAGAACCAGCAGCCUCAGGGGUCACCGAGUCUGUGGUGGGCAUCCCAAUCUGUGAGUCACUGAUACAGCUGCAGCCCGGGCAGAGCUACACGAUCUGCGUCCGAGCCCUCAACGUGGGGGGUCCCAGUGCCAGAAGCACUCCGGCUACGGUCCGCACCACAGGAAGCUACUUUCCCUUGAACAAGGCCACCUGCCACCCAUGGCUGACCAUUUCAGAAGAUGGAUUUACGGUGAUCCGGAGUGAGAGGAAAAACCUCACCCAGGAGCUGCAGCCCCAGCAGACCCAGUUCACCAGGUGUGUUGCCAUCAUGGGAAAUCUAAUUCCGGUUCGAGGGCGCCAUUACUGGGAGAUAGAAAUGGAUGAACAUUUGGACUACACGGUUGGUGUCGCCUUUGAAGAUGUCCCUAAGCAGGAGGAUCUGGGUGCAAAUGGCUUCUCCUGGUGCAUGAGGCACACAUUUGCUUCAUCAAGGCAUAAGUAUGAAUUUCUGCACAACAGGACAACUCCAGAUAUAAGAAUAACUGUUCCUCCAAAGAAGAUUGGCAUCCUAUUAGACUAUGAGAAUUCAAAGUUGUCAUUUUUCAACGUGGACAUUGCUCAGCAUCUAUACACGUUCAGUUGUCAGCUUCAACAAUUUGUGCACCCCUGUUUUUCUCUGGAAAAGCCUGGGUGUCUGAAGAUACAUAAUGGCAUUUCAAUGCCAAUGCAUGCCACUUUCUACUAGAUCCUUCUCAUGUCUUUUCCUUUCUUGCUUCUGUGCCUUUGUCAAUCACUCGUGCCUCGGCUGGCUAAAUCUGGCAUUCAGGCACCAUGUCUCCAACAUCAUUUGUGGCUCAGGCUGUGACCUGGCAGGCCAAGUGGCAGGUGCUGCUGCCUGUGUGAUACGAGGGUAGUCCCCAGCAGGCUGAGCUGCAAAAGAAAUGAAAUGAGGGAUCUGACUCAGUGAGCCCAGGCCUCCCAAGCAGUCAAACUGCAUUUGUCUUAUCUGUAAGAUAUUGUGUCUUUGAGGCCUCUGGAGCAUGGGAGAGGUCGGGAAAGUCUUAAAGCUUUAGCAGUCACUAUGCAUUCAUAUUUCAUCAGUCACCAAGAACAGACCUGGGAAUGAACCUGCCCUUCAAGGCCUCUGACCUGCCUGCUUCCCAAAGGUGCACGGGGCAGUAGGUGAUACCCUGUUCUCACCCUCACCAUGCUCACACCACUGGUUUUGAAAUCACCUGUCGCACCCACUUCCAUGAAGGCAGGGACAGUAUCUGAUUCAUCACUUGCACCUCAAGGGUUACCAUACGGUAGGUGCACCCCCAGAUGCUUAAGUAUCUUCUUUCAACCAUGCUCUCUGGCUUCACUGUUCUCUGGCCUCACUGCUCUCCAUGUGAGCCCUGUGGGUGCUUUCAAAAACUCCAGCCAAGGAUCUGUGGCCAGGCAGGGGACAGAGACAGCUGAAGGGGAAAGAAGGGGGGACCUGGGGAACAUGGUACACUCUUUACUGCUGCUGUACAGAAACAUACCAUGGCCUACACCUGAACAUGGGGCUUCCACUGUGUGUGCAUGGUGGGGAGGUGGGGGGACAGGGUAGGCAAUCCUACACUUGCAACAUGAAGAGCCAGAUUUGAAAUUGGAAGGCCUGGAUUUGACUACUUUGCCUUAUGACACAGAAAAGUCAACUUAUUUUCCAGACUUUCUGUUUCCUUUCAAACCAAGGGAAACAAUACUACUUGUCUCACAGAGUUGGAAGACUUGAUGACAAUUCUCAGAGGCCAUAACAGUACACAACAUACAGCAAGUAUACAGUUUCUUCAACCAUCCACCUGCUGAGGAGCAAGGCAUUACUGGCCAGUGGUCUCUGACCAGCGGCUCUUUGGCUAGCCUUACAGCCCUGUGCCAUCCGGUGACUUUGGGCCCCAACUGUCAGCUGCGUUUCUGGUUCUCCAGCUCACAGCCCCAGUUGCCAGAUAAGCUCUGCACACAGCAUGGCUAAAGCUGAGGCAAGCUGCAGAGAAAGAAAUGCACCUGUAGAGCAGUUAGCACCAGAGACAAUUUAGCAUCCUGCACCGUGGACACCUCUGUAAACAGACAUAUCCUAAGCUCAUCACUUAGGGUAUUUAAGGUGAAGAAAAUCUUUUACUUUCAAUGCAAGUUUUCCAGUACACUUAAAGUCUGAUCCAUGGGACAUCUCUCACCUUCUACUGAACUGUCUACUGGUAUGAACAGCAGCUCAGGGUUCCAAAUCAGCCAGUCACCCUGACAAUGUAAUAACUUGUUACACAUACACAUACACACACAGCACACACACAGAGCUGCCACAACAAGCUGGAUUACCCUCCUUGAAAUAAAGUACAGCGGCAUAAGUACAGAAAUGGCUCAAUUCUAAACAAUAUACAUAUGUACAUACUCAAAAAUGUUCCCCGCUACUGAAACAGAAUCUACUAAGUAGGAAAUAAGGUAUCACACCUAUGGCAUGUUUGAAUACAGAGUUCUAGAAGGCUUUAUGAAUUUCUCACAAGUAAUAUGAACACUGAUUAAAAACUUGACACUUGCUUAGGUUUUAAUAAAUAUUUAUUAGAGAAAGAAUAAA